CAAGUGGCUAACCAUUUUCCUACGCCUAGACGCUCGUUCACGGUACUGCCCUACGUGAUGGGACUUUUCGCCCUUCGACAGUUCCUCGCAAAUCUCCUCCACGACCCUUAGCCUGCACCGCACAUCAUCCGCAGCUUUUCGCCCGCAGGCAACCACCCUCGUAGGCAUCAGUCGCCCAUCUCACAAGCAAGCAUCGUGAUUCUUGCUUCGAUCACUGAGCCACAUACCUCCCAGACAAUACUCAGUCAAAUAUCUGGGAUGCAUACCUCGGAAAGUGAUACGGCGCAGGCGCCUGAGGAUACAUCAUCAGUCUUGGAGAAGAGCGGCACAUCACCAAAUAUUCAAGAGGAAGGAACUGCCGUGAACGAGGAUGCAUCAGAUAUGGAAUCAGUUAUAUCAGAGAACGCAGAUGAGGAGGCCCGUCUGAAGUAUCUCACUACUGGUACUCGGAAUCAGGAUGACAUGGAACGGGAUAUUGGCCGCCAGGCCGACCAACUGCUCACAGAACAGGCUGAUGAGCGAGAUAAAAAGCGCAUGGAGAAGAAUGAAACAGAGGUCAAGCGAACACAGGUUGCCAUACAAAAACUUAGAAAUCGGCUUGCGAUGCCGAUGGUAGAUACCCAGAAGCUCAAACUUCGUGCAGAGUUGGCGGGUUUUCAGAAGCGGAUAGAUGAGAUAGAUGCUGAGCAGGACAUCAUUCAAAAACGCAUAAACGACCGACACAAAGGGCCAGAGGAGGAAGAAUCUCUAGCCGAUGGUGUUAAUCGACCGCUUCCCAACGAAUCCAGGCGAGAUUUUUUGAUACGGACAGGAAAAAUCACACCAUUUUCGAAAUUGGCGCAAGCACAAGGCACGGAAUCCAAGCUGGAAGAGGUCAUGCUAGAUGCAGAGGUUGAAGACAUCAUAGAGGAGCCAGACGAAGGUCCAAAAUCGCAUCAGAAUCUAAUGAAACCGGGUUUCCAGGAUGUGGAGUCGGAUUCAAGUGCUUCUAACAUUCGACCUGCCAAGAAGCGGAGGAUCACUCGUAAGGUAGAUUUUGACGAUAGCAGCAGUGCAGCUGAAGGCCCUGGUGGAGAUUCAGACGAUGACUUCGAGUCUGGCAUGACGGAUCGUCAGCUAGCGGCUCUUAGUGAGUCCGAAGGAGCCUAUGAAGAAUUAUCUGAAGAUGAUGAUUACAAAGGAGAUUCGGGAAGCCGGAAAAGCAAGACAAGUGUUAAUAAGAACAAAAAGGAGAAAGUUUCACAACCAGUGGCUGAAGAGGAAGAUCUUGCGGGUGUUGAUGAUGGAAACGAGCGAGUAUACAAAGAUCGCUUGCGCAAAUGGACACACGAUCGCUCGAACGCACGGAAACGAGCAAACGAGAAGCAAGGUAUUGCUAUUGCUGAGGAAGAGGACGAGGAGUGUUAUCUACCACAUCCCACACAGUCUGAUACUGAAUUUGACGGCGGCUUCCGAAUUCCAGGCGACAUCUACCCAGCCCUUUUCGACUAUCAAAAGACAGGCGUUCAAUGGCUUUGGGAACUAUAUGCACAAGGUGUGGGCGGAAUUGUUGGUGAUGAGAUGGGCCUGGGUAAAACCAUUCAGGCCAUAUCGUUCAUUGCCGGACUUCAUUACUCGAGGAAGCUUGUCAAGCCAGUCAUUGUGGUGUGUCCAGCUACAGUCAUGAAGCAGUGGGUCAACGAAUUUCAUCGUUGGUGGCCGGCCUUGCGCGUCUCGAUUCUGCACACAUCAGGUAGUGGGAUGCUUGAUACUAGACGUGAGGAUCGCAUGGAAAGAGAAAUGGAGCUGCGAAGUUAUGGCGACUACGACGAGACAUUAACAAGCGCAGGCAAAGCCGCGAAGAAGAUUGUCGAGAAGGUCAAACGCCACGGCCAUGUUCUAGUCACGACGUACUCGGGACUACAAACAUAUGCCGAGUUUCUUAUUCCCACAGAAUGGGAUGUUGCGGUGCUCGAUGAAGGCCAUAAAAUCCGAAACCCCAAUACCUCUAUAACGAUUCACUGCAAAGAGCUCCGUACACCAAACCGUAUCAUUUUGUCUGGAACGCCGAUGCAGAACAAUUUGACCGAGCUUUGGUCAUUAUUUGAUUUCGUCUAUCCAAUGCGACUGGGAACUUUGAUCAACUUCCGCAAUCAGUUCGAAUUUCCGAUAAAGCGUGGCGGAUACGCCAACGCGUCGAAUUUGGAAUACGAGACUGCAAUGCGAUGUGCAGAAACCCUCAAAGAUGCAAUUAGUCCAUACCUCCUACAACGAUUCAAAGUUGACGUUGCUACGGAUUUGCCCAAGAAAAAAGAGCAAGUGUUGUUCUGCAAACUCACGAAACAGCAACGGUCAGCAUAUGAGAAUUUUCUGAGUUCGGAUGAAAUGAAAUCCAUCCAGAGUGGCAAACGACAGAUGCUCUAUGGUAUAGAUUGGCUGCGGAAAGUAUGCAACCACCCAGACCUGACAGAUCACAAGAACGGUUCAAAGCGUCUUGAUUAUGGAGCAGCGAACAAGUCUGGAAAAAUGCAAGUCGUCAAGGAGCUCGUAUCACUUUGGAAGAAAGGUGGCCAUAAGACACUCCUCUUCGCUCAGCAUCGCAUCAUGCUCGACAUACUGGAGAAAAUGAUGAAAAGUCUUGACGGCAUCAAUUAUCGACGCAUGGAUGGCGAGACACCAAUCAAGAACCGACAGGAUCUAGUGGACGAAUUCAACCGAAACCCUGAUUUGCAUGUGUUCUUACUCACGACGAAAGUCGGUGGCUUGGGAGUAAACCUGACAGGUGCUAACCGUGUUAUCAUCUACGACCCAGACUGGAAUCCUUCGACGGAUGUCCAAGCACGAGAGCGAUCGUGGCGCUUGGGACAGAAGCGAGAGGUUGAGAUAUACCGUCUCAUGUCCGCCGGUACCAUCGAGGAGAAGAUAUAUCACCGACAGAUCUUCAAGCAGUUUCUCACCAAUCGAGUUUUGAGAGAUCCGAAGAAGCAGCAGACUUUUCAAAUGAGCGAUCUUCACGACCUAUUCACGCUCGGAAACGAGAGUGUCGAAACCGAGACGGAGACAGCUAACAUAUUCCGCGGCUCCGAAGUCGAUUUCGAAGCCGGUAAAGAGUCCGGGAAGGCACUGCCUACGCCGACGUCGGACACAGGUAAAGGCAAGGCCAAAGAAACAGACAGCGAAACGACAACGAAGGCAGAUCUAGCAAAAGUCUACGGCAUCGAUCAUGCAGAAACCUUCCAAGCACCCACAGAAGAGGAAGAACCCGCCACCGAAAGCAAAGCAGAGGGCGAGAAUGGCGAAGGGAAAUCAGACAACCGUCUCAUGUCGACUAUAUUCGCCAAAUCAGGCGUGCACUCGGUCCUCGAGCACGACGCCAUCAUGAGCUCCGCGCCAGGUGGCCGCAAGCGCAAAGUACAAGCCGACCCGGCCUUCAUCCAGCGUGAGGCUCGGCGGACAGCUGCGCAGGCAGCAGAGGAAUUACGCAAGGCCGAGCAGCAGGCACGAACAGUGCCAGCGGGGACACUGACCUGGACGGGACUCUACGGCGAGGCUGGACGACCCGAGGCGCCGCGUCCCCGGCCCAUGGCAUCUUCCACGCGGGGCGGCUUGGGCGCAUCGAGGGGUGGCCGAGGAGGCGGACCCUCGUCGUCUUCUAUCCUGACCAAUCUCGCCGCUCGUCAAGGUCGUGGCGAUACUUCUGGGGGCUCAUCGUCUCGCUCGGGAACGUCUACGCCCACCGCCUUCCGGGGCCGUGCAAUGUUGGAGAGGAUUCGAGAGUUCAUGCUCACGCACAAUGGCUCCGUACCCACAAAGAUGCUGGUGGAUCAGUUCGACCACUUGUGUCGGCAGGUUCCUGGUCGCAGUGAAGAGUUUAGAGAGUGCCUGAAGACGCUGGCGACACUGGAGAAGGGUACGGCGGGGAGGGGUCGCUGGGUGCUCAAAGAAGAAUGGAGGAGAAACAGGCCGUCUGGAAGGGCUUGAUGAUGCAUUUUCCAGAUUCACCUGCGGCUGUGGAGGGAAUCUUUGAGCAAGUUCAUUUCGUCUCUUUCACAUGGACAUAUAUUGUGUCCUGAUAUACUUACGGUUCACACAGAAGGACAUAAAGAACAUGGAACAAGGGAAUGGAAUCUAUCGUGCAUGCCUAAACAUUCCUGGGUCGGCGUUCGGGUUUCCUGGGAGAUACCAAAUUCUAUUUCAUUAUAUUUUCCUUCUCGAUAGAUAGGCGUAGUAAAGAAGGAAUGCGUAGGUACAUUGCAUUCCGCAAUGUGUUUGUUGAUACACAGCCGAGGGUCACACUUGAACGAGCGAACGAUAUCAUUAAUGGAACAAAUUCGAG